AAACGAACCCUCGUUCAUUUUGCCCCAAACUUGUCGAGAGCGAGAUUUGCUGUCCGCCUGACGCGGCGCUCGCCAUUCAAAAGCACCCCGGGUUUGGACUGAUCUUGGAAACAACAAAAACGAACAAAAAAGCUCGUUCUUCAGUCGAUGCAUGUAAAACGUAGGUCGUGAAGCGGGAAGUUUCCGCUUUUCCCCAGUCAAACGACUAUCUCCAUCCAUCCAGUGAGCACACAUAGGAAUACAUUUUCCGUGCAUUCACGUUACACGAACAAGUGUCGUGGCUGGGAUGAGAGCAUAACAGAGGAGCCAAAGAAAACAGCACCAAGCCAGCGAGCGAGUCGUAAACGAUCGUCGGAUUUUCGGGAAUCAGUCCUCUCAUCUGUGGUUUAUUGGUGUUGCACACGAACAACGAACAAUAGCGGUGUUCAGAGAUCGACUUCAAGUGUUUGCACACACGGACAAAAAAUCGAGGAUGACGACCAGGAUGAGACGACCAGAGUGCUGGUGGUGCAUCGUGGCUCUUUGAAUGAGACGUGCUCGUCAAUCCAGAGCAAGAGACACAUACACAGAUUCACAUUCACUAGGAUCGAGGUGAUACACCGAGAGCAAAUAUCAAUCAAUUUUACACUUCCAGCCAGAAGAGCACCGACCUCCUGGCAACGGUGCUACUACGUUCAUGACGUGGCAGCCCAGUGCCAACUUUGAGUUCAGAGAGGCUCUUUCUUUCCAUGUUUCUCUCGCUCUCCCCUCCCCCCUUUCGUACAUGCAGUACAUAUUACAUAGAUAGAUACAUACAUACAUAGCCGUGUUAGCCGCCGUAGGUUGUCCACAAGGUCCUCGAUGUUCUCAUUCUCGUCAGUCUGAGCAAUUAGGGCCAGCAAACAACCCAAAGUUCAACAAAGCGACCCAAAAGACUCUCCCAAAGAAUCAACAGUGGAGGGGGAACACCAACGAACGAGCGAACGAAGGAACGAACAACGAGCCACGAUCUUUGUUAGGGCGGUGAAUUGGUACCCAUUUUCUGGUUCAUCUGCCUCCACGCUCAGUUGCCUAUUAUUGUCCAUACGUAGUGGACAUUGUACAUGUGCAACGAGAGCUUCGUUCCAGGACAACGGAAUUGGCAUAACUGGCAUCGUGAGUGCAUCGCCAACCGACCACCCGUUUCACUCUUCUCGACUGUAAAUCAUAGUAUUCAUGUAGCUCCGUGGUGUUGUGCGGACAAUACGUGUGCAUGUGAGUGUGUAGAUCAGAUUUCAGUCUCCAGUCUCAGUCAGAAUGAAUAGAUUCGAGUGUGAUUAUGAAAAACUUGGAUUUGGAACUGAACGAGCUGACGAGGCAUCUACGUAGAACGGAGGAUAGAGGAGAGCCGUCAUCCACAUAGUCAAGGAUUCUUGUCGAGAGGCUUGGAGCUCGGUCGCGACGUUUUGCUUCUUUUUUGAUCGUUGAAGUGCUCUUCCUAUCUAAAUGUAGUGCUCGUAGGUAGUACAAUACGAUAGCAUUCGCGUGUACCGCACACUCAUACAUACGAGCUCAAACUUUGGCAGAAUCAAAGAUAAGAGCCUCACCGACCAAGGGGGACUCGAGUUGACGGGCGAGUUGAGCCUGAAUUGUGAAUAAAGAAGAAGACUUGGCCGGAAAAAGUGAAUGUUGAUUUGAGAGACGCACAAAAUCCACCUCCGUCUUAGGAAACCAGGAAGAUUGCCGCGGAAAUUUGCGUCGUCUCACUUCAUUGUAUUUGCAUCUGCCAACAACAUUGUUAUCCUGGUCGAGGAGAAACGAACUCAUUCCCGCUCCAUCAGGCGACUGUGACUUCGACGAACACUCACCUUGGCCUAAGUGGGGCAAAAUUUUCGCAGAUGUCUUCUAAUGGAAGUGAAGUACGCCAGAAAUCCGACCACCACAACCCCACUACUGCUAUUACUGCACUACUACUACUACUACUACUACCACCACCAUCACCUUCAUCAGCUCCAUCAGUGCUUCCACCAUCACAAUCGUUCCAUUAGAAUUGUGCGCCUCCUCUCGUACACGACCGAGUAUUACAGAGUGUUACAGUAGAAAGAGCUCCAGCUCUACUUUUGAGAAGUUGGUGUCCACAUUAACGGGCAAUGAGAGUCAUUUCUUCUCGCUCGGGAAUCCACGGGGCGUCCAACUAUUGAAUUGUGGGGCAUACUAUACGCUGCCAUCUCACACCUGCGGUCACCUCACAAGACCUGAAUUAAAAUGAAUGGAAACCGCCCCCAAGUUUGUCGAACACUCAUUCCGAGAGAAAACACAACUGUCAAUGGAGCUCAAGGUCGUGCGCCCAUGAAUAACCCCGCCCCUUAAACAAACCUGAAAAAUAACAAAAAUAUUGACGGAAAAUCCCAAAUGGUGAAGAAAAACUGGCGUUUCGUGAAUCAGCCCAGUGAACGCAUGGCUGCAUUUGUGAAUUUGAGAAUUUGAGAAUUUGAAUCUGUGAUUCUCAUCACCUCCUCCAACAACAUGGGUUUGCUGGCUCUCGAAUUCUCGGAUUGUCUGCUCGAUUCUCCCUACUUUCGGGAGAACCUGAAAGCCCACGAACGCCAACUGGAUCAAUCAUCCAAUAACAUCAAAGACAUUGUGAAAGACAUUCAAGACGUGAUGGAAGCGGGUAAAACGCUCUCCAAAGCGAAGCGGAACUUGGCCAAUAGCCUGGCCGACUGCCGCCUCGAGUGCAUUGGCUCCAAACUGACCCAUGACGAGAUCGUGAUUUCCAAUUCCAUGCGCGAGUUGGGUCGGUUCUUUUUGUCCUGCGAGGAUGAGAUGGAUCGAAUGCUGGACCAAGCUCAAGAGAAGUUCGUCGCUCCUCUCGAGUCCUUUCGGAAGGAACAGAUUGGCUCGGUCAAAAAGAAGCGGAAAGAGUUCGAGAAGCACACCGCCAAGUUCUGUGCGGCUCAAGAUCGUUAUGCGGGCUUGAGCUCGAAGAAGGAAGAGAGUCUAGCCGAGGCGGCCGAGAUCGUGCGACAGGAGCGGAAAAGUCUGAACGGGGCCUCCCUCGAAUACGUGUACCUCAUGCAUGUGGUUCAAGAGCGAAAAAAGUUUGAAUUUGUCGAAGGCAUUCUCGGGUUCAUGCAAGCCUGGACCAUGUAUUAUAAGCAUGGUCACUCGGUCACCUCCGACUUUGCCCACUACAUGAUGGAUUUGAAGUCUCGCGUCCAGAAAACGCGUGAGAAUUUCUCCCCCACGAUCGAGCGUUACGAUGACUUGAAGGAGAAAAUGAGGGUGGCCUCGCACGACCCGGGGCUACUCAAUCGCAUGUACACUCGGCAAGGCUACCUGUACGUCCAGAACAAGAAGACCAACAUCAAGAUUGGAUCGCAAUGGACAAAAUAUUUCUGUCAAUAUCAGGCUCAACCCAAGCAGUUGAUCAUGAUUCCGUACAAUCAACUGACGGGAAAGAUCACGACCACAGAGACGAUCCGGGUUCACGAAUGUCAGUGCAAGGAUGAAACCGGCGAGAAGUUCAGAUUCAUCGUCACAGGAGACGAUCUCAGCGAGCAGCAGGGCCCUGGACAAGUCAUCACACACACAUUCCAAGCCAUGUCGGAUUAUGAGCGUAAACAAUGGGUUGAAGCCAUGGGUGGAACCUGGCCGAAUGUGAAUUCAUUGCAAAGAAUUAAAGCCGAUAGUGUCGAAGACAAUUUGAACAGUUUGGCAUUCGUAUUUCUGAAGGAUUGCCUGCGCGAACUCGAGGCUAGGGGUCUCAGCGAUCAUGGGUUGUACCGUGUCGGAGGAGUCGUGUCCAAGGUGAAGAAACUGCUCGCUCUCGGCCUCGAACCCAGUAGCUCGGGCGAACCACGCCCCCUUGAUCUCAGCGACCCCAAGCAAUGGGAGUCGAAGACCAUUGCCAGUGCGAUCAAGCAAUAUUUCCGAGACCUCUCGAAACCAUUGAUGACUCAUCAUUUAUACCAAUCCUUUGUGGAAACGGUGAAGCACGAGAACGAAGAGGACCGAUUGGAAGAUAUUCAACGGGUCUUGCACAGUUUGCCCACGGCUAACAGAGAAAUCCUGAAGGUUCUGAUUCGUCAUUUGCAUAAAGUCGCUUGUAAUUCUGAUAAGAAUCUGAUGACUGCCAGCAAUCUGGGCGUUUGCUUUGGGCCCACGCUUCUCCGACCUAAGGAGGAGACAGUAGCUAGUAUUAUGGACAUCAAGUUCUGCAACGAGGUGGUCGAAUUAUUGAUCCACAACUGUGAUCGCUUCUUUCUCCAACAGAGCCAUCAUCACAAUGCAGUCAAUGAUGCCGUAUCAUCUUCAUCGCUUUUGUCGUCUGAGCCAAACCAAGCAGGGUUGGUACCCUUGGCGCAUAAUGGGCAAAACAAUCGGAGGAAGUCCUCUUCCUCGUCGAACUCGAGCCCAAGCUCACAACGGCAGACCACGGCCAAUUUAUCGCCCCCAGAUGGAGCCGAGGUGGCGGCGCGUUCUUCCUCUACGUCGAUGAAUGGCUCUAGCCCUUCAAUCUCGGCAAGUAAAGAUGAACCUGAUAGCUCAAGGGGAUCAUAUCACAAGCGAACAAAGUCCUUCAGCUCGGUGAGCCAUUGGUCAAUACGAUCUUUGCCGGAUGAAAUUCGAGAGUUCAGAAACAAAUCUGUCACCCCCACUCUACCUCAGAAGUCUUUUACCAAUGACCGGCCCAGGUCGAAGAGCCAUCAGCACCACGAGCCCCUUACUCCGACACCUUUGAUUGAAAAACAACGAUCUUUACCCCCAGCCAGUCCUUCGUAUGAAAGCUCCUCCAACCAAGAUGACCUCAUGGCAUCGUUGGAGAUGAUGAACACAUUGGCUGCUGAUUUACCUGCCACCAAUGCAUCACCUCUUACUCGUGAAUCAUCUUCCUCUUCUGGACAUCCUCCUCCUAUCAAUGCCUCCAAUUAUUGCCCAUUGAGACGAAGUCGGACAAUCCAAGCCUCCCACUCCCCGACUCUGAGCACCCAUAGGGAGAUUCACAAGAAGCCCCCUUUACCCAAGUUGUCACUAUCUUCCUCGUCAUCGUCUUCCAACCCUGUGCUAGAAGACUCUACCUUUUCCUUUACAACUGGAGUUGAUUCGCCAUCCAACCAGCAGCAGCACCACCACCGUUAUCCUCACAACCAACAGCAACCACAACAACAGCACCAAAACCAUCAUAUCAGCUCAUCUCAUAACAAUUGUAUUUCGUCUGACUCCGGGUCACCCAAAACCACCAGAUAUCUUCCUGGGAGCCGAAACUACUUUGACACUACUAGUAGUAACUUGCUGACAAAUGAAGGCGGUUCACCCAAUGACGAGGGUUCUGGCCCCGGUCUUGGCAUGAGUAAUCAUCGUCCGACCAAACACACUGAAGCCCUAUUCAGCGCCACUAAUCCACCCACGAUUCCAACUCGGAAAUACCACACCAUCUUCGUCUCGGAAUCGGCCCUGAAGGACCAUUUGGCCAAGAUUGAAGGAAAGUCUUCAUCCGCUCAAAUGGAUACACGUAUGAUGAACAAAAUCAGUUCGCCUUCACCCACUGGGGAUAGUGGGAUUGCGGGAUCCCCGCCGGUGAAACCCAAGCAAUCCGAUAACUUAUCAUCGCAAGAGCAAGAAAGUGAUAUUGAUGCGGUCUCCAUAAUCAGCUCUGCCCUCUCGGUGGAAUCAGAUACCAGCACAAGUAAGGGUUCUAAAUAUGAAAACACUGGAUGUCUCAGCCAAACCCAACCUCAUUUCUCUGAAGAUCGAGACGGCGACGACGAGGCCGAGGAUGAAACUGAGUCAAUAAAAGAACAGAAGAGGAAAUCCGUCAAAUCCGAGACAAGCUCUAUCGAACUUGACUCCUCCGAUGAGGAUAGCAGUAACAAUAGCAAUCACAAUCAAAACCCUCAUGCUCUUCCUCCUCCACAUUAUCAGAAACAGCAUCAGCACCAACAACAACGGCAACAACAGCAAGCUGAGGAGAGCAAUUCAGAGGAUGAUGGACCGCAACCAAGUGGACAACCUCAUUCUGAUUUGAUUGUUGUCAGAACUUGCACUAAAGUGCCCUCUGAGCCUCUGACAAGAGCUCAUAUCCGCUCCCCUCGAAAACUAAAUGUUCAUCUCCAAAGUGCCCGUUAUCGCGACAGUGGGCCUUACGACAAUGUAUUUGAUGAUGAGUGGACAGAUAAGACGGAAUUGAGUCAAAUCCUUACUCACGGGCAGACCAGCAAUGUGUGAGUGAAUGCUCUACUGAGGACGGAAAGUCCCCGAGAAUGUGUGGCUCCCUUCAAAAUGGGCGAAGAUAUUGAAUCAAGAUAACUACUCCACCGCAGUCCAUAGACUGGUUGAGCUUCGCUGGGAUGACUCAUUCACUCCGUCAAUUCACUUGUCUAGUGCACCUCACUUCGAGCUAUUACAAUAUUUCGUGCCCUGCUAUUAUGGAGGCCUUUUAAUCUUUGACUGGGUUGGCAGCCUGUUGCCUUGAAGAAGAAAAAAACGACCCAUUGCCUCCUGAUAAUCGCUGGUGGGAUUCCAUUCUAGGAAAAGCAUCUCCACACAAGCCGAGGCCAAAUCUUCUUUGAAAGGUUCAAUCUACCUGAAGAACCGUACACAUCAUGAAUACAAUAAUGAAGAAGACAUUGGCCCUUUUCAAUAGAGCGGCAAAACUGAUUUGAACAGCGCAAAGAAGCUUGCUUAUCAUUCAUCUGUCAAGAUUGGUAGGAAUCGAUCUCGACUGCAAAAACAAAUUUUAUCAGAUAUCCACUUGUGGGCACUGAGACUAAAUGCAUUUCAAAAAUAAAGCAAAGAUUAUUGUCAGAAAUUAAAAGAGAACUCGUCAUCUAGCAUUAUGAGGCUAUUUGUCUAUCUUAUUCUACAUCUGAAUUAAAGUGUAACAUGUUACGAA